CAAUGGACCGAAUUUAAAUGCAAUUUAAUUUCGUUUGAUUCAUUUGGAGAUACUAACAUACCUCCAAAUGCAACCUUCUUUUGUCCCCUACCCACCUGGCCCUCCCUACAAUUUGAUUCCUCUUAUAAGUUUUCAAAGAUCUCUCUUCAUCUGUGUUUAGACCUAGCUGCCUUCACCCUCAGUGCUUAGCCAGAUGAAUUCUUCUUCUUCUUCUUCUUCUUCUUCUUCUUCAUCGUCUAGGAAGCCGGACGUGACCUUGAGCCUCACCUUACCUUCCCAUACCAAUGUUGCCUUCAAGCCUGAAGAGAGAGGCUUGCUCCUCAUCCAGCUCCUGCUGUCGUGCGCCAAGAACGCGUCAUCGAGCAACCUCCACCGGGCCGACGCCUACCUCCAGAAGAUAUCGGAGCUCUCCUCCGUGACCGGCGACCCCAUGCAGCGCCUCGCUGCCCGGUUCGCCUAUGCCCUCACGGCCCGGGUCGUCAAGCGUUGGCCGGGCCUCUACAAGGCAUUGAACCACGCCGAACCGGAGGGGCUGACAGCCGCACGGGCCCAGCCCAUCCUCACGCCGGCCUUCCCGUGCCUCGCUUUCACGCACGCCAUCGUAUCCCGAUCCUUGCUUCGGGUCCUGGCUGGGGAGCGGGCGGUUCACAUUGUGGAUCUGGGCUCCGGCGACCCGAAAUUGUGGGUUCCCCUCCUCAGGGGCCUAAACCAAGGGCCAGAUGGGCCUCCUCAUUUGAGGCUGACUUGUGUGUCCGCUAAAAGAGACGUUUUGGACAUUUUAGGUCACGCCCUCGUCAAAGAGGCUGAGACCAUGGGCAUGCCCUUUCAGUUCAACCCUGUGAAUGUGUCUUUAAGAGAGCUGACAGAAGAAAUGCUCAAACUGAGAUUAGGGGAGACCGUGGCAAUGGUGUCAAUCUUGGGCCUCCAUGCUCUUUUAGCCGAAGAUGAUAGAGUAGAUGCGCACUUUGGCAUGAUCAAGAGCGAUUCCGUCAAGGAUUGCAAGCGAGUCAGCGAAUUCCUAAGCAUGGUCCGGUCGGCGUCGCCCAGGAUCUUCUUCCUGGUCGAGCAAGAAGCCGACCACAACAUGACCCGCCUGGUCGACCGGUUCGUUGAGGGCCUGCACUACUACAGCGCGGUGUUCGAUUCGAUAGAUGCUGCCUUUGGAGGCAAUUGCUCGGAAGAGCGGCUCGCCCUGGAGGAGAUGUUCGGGAGGGAGAUCGAGAACAUCGUCUCGUGCGAGGGCUUAGAGAGGGAGGAGAGGCAUGAGAGGCUCGCGAGGUGGGCGGUGAGGCUCGGCCGAGCCGGGUUCAAGUCGGUCCGGCUGUGGUGGAACGCCAUGGAGGAUGCCAAAGUCAUGGUCGAGGCCCAUCUCCAGGACGGCUACAAAGUCACGACCGAGAGGGGUUGUACCAUGAUCUGUUGGCAUGAACGACCGCUUCUGGCGGUGUCUGCAUGGAGUUGUUAGGGCCCGACUCUAUUUCUAUAAUUCUUUUUGUCCUGUUACUCUUGAAGUCGUGUGUAAUUAUGAGAAUAGCUAGACGACCUGGUAUUGGUCGUUUAUUUGAUUUUCAAACGGAUUCCCUUUGUCUACUUGAUCUGGAAAUUGGUAGCCCCUAACGCCAUUCCGCUUUCGAUGGAGCUUAAUCACAUGAAGCCAAGCUAAAACGUGAGUCAAGGAGUAGGUGAACCAAAGUAGGCCAAAACA